AAACUUUAAUCAUAAAAAACUGUUUGGUUCACAAUUUAUCAUUAUCAUCUAAUAUCAUUUAUCAAAAUGGUAAUGCAUUGAAAUGAAUUUUGUCGAGAAAAUGAGAUGAUUGGGGUUAAACAAGCUUGAUCACCAAACUUGCCAAUAUAUUUUCCCACCAAAACUACACUAACUUUCAUUACUAUUUUCACCAUUAAAUAUCGAGACCAAAUGGGUCGUAAAUGAUAUUAUAUUGAUCAUGAUUCAUGCCCUACCACUCCUACAGUUCUAUCAGAUAUCAGUCCAACUUUUUGUGUGUUAUUACUGUUGUUGGGUUUGUGUACUUACUAAAGUAAAGUAAAGAAUAUGUUAAUGGUAUGACGAUGACAUUAAAGCCUUAUUGGUACUCUAGACUAUACUUGGGUUGGCUAACUUGCUAAUAAUGGUAUGAGGAAGACCAAGAGGAAAAGAAUGGAGUAAAUAACCUACUACUUUUACUUGCUAUAGCGAUGCUCUUGCUUUUUUACCUCCAAGUUCCAUGCAUGCACAAAGUGGUGUUUUUAAAUGUUCAUUAGUAUCUCAUUAAUUUAUCAAGCUGUUUCCUUGCUGGCUUUUGCUUCUCUUAGACUGUUGCAGUUUUCUGUUUUUGUAUCUCGGAGAAUUGGAAAUAGACAACCUAUCUGAUCUUAUCUUUGUUGAAUAUGAGUUUACCUUGGAACUGACAGAAGUCACAGAAUACACGAUCAUGCCGAUGAACUUAGGAAACCAUGUGGAACUUUAAAAUGCUUAUCUGCUAAUUUGUUUUUGAUUGGUCAUGAUCUUUUUCUCAUGCUGAACUUGAAGAUUAAGAAUUAGGCUAUAUGUUCUCUAACGUGUAUCUAUUAAAUCUCUCAUUAUAUUUAUGCACUUAUUUAUCUGAAGUUGCAGAAGACGUUUUCUACUAAGGUAAAUCGGAAUACAAGGCUAAGGUUGCGUACAUACGACCCUCAAACCUUGCCUAGAUGGGAGCAACUUUAUGGAAUUGAGGUAAUGAAGUGUUGACAGUUUUUUGCUGAGCUGAUAAAAAAAAGUUGAGCUUGGAGUGUAAUAUAUGGGGCAUUACAUCUCAUAAAUGAUAAGAGGGCAUUAACUCUGUAUGUUAUAUUUGGUGCUUUGAAGCCUCAGGUUAGCAGGAAUGCAUGUUUAUUUAUGUUGUUCCUUACUGCAGAACUGAAGGUUCUGGUAAGAGGGUAUUUUCCUUUAUGUGCAAGUAAAAGAAAGAAACUAAGCUGAGAAUAUUCCUUCCCGAACACAAUCAAGGUGACAAUAUUAAUCGAUAGCAGUACUUUCGAAAUUUAUCACUAGCUAUUACUUUAUUGUUAGGCCGUGACAAUUCAUCACAUAAUCAUCCUGUGGGCCCACUCAUGUGGACACACUCAUGGGGCAUCCGUGGGCUUGGGAUCACAUACCCACGGGUAAUUUUGAAUACUAAUCGAUAUAUUGGGUUUAGUCUUUGCUAUUGCUGUCAAUUUUGAAUCAAGUUUAGUUUGAUUGCUCAGAAUGUUGCUGUGUUUUUUAAUUGGAAAUUAGAAAGUGAUUAAAUGGAUAUUAGAUAAUAAUUUUGUAGGUUGGACAAACCACAACCACAUUAUAUUGAAAUGAUUGCAAACCGGAACAUCAUAUUUAUUUUAUUUUUUAAGAGUUGUUCAACCAUAUCAACUGUGAUUGAUGGUAUUGCUAUUUCUAGUAUCCUACUGCCACGUUUAGAUAAGGGUGUUCUCCGACUAUUACUCUCUUUAUCCCUCUUACAUUUCAAUUGUUGCAAUAUGAGUGAAAUUUUGUGAAAAUAAAAGUUUGCUUAAAAGAUAAGACAAAAAAAAGUUGAUAGAGGGUUUAAGAUGGAGAGAUAAUAAAUUUGUGGACGAAGAUAAGGGUGUUCUCGACUAUAUACUCCUGCAUCCUCUUAUCGAUUGAUGUUUACCCAUUUGACUUAAAUAUGUGAUAACGUUAAAUUUGUUAUUCGAUCACCGGCUUAUAUAUAUAUAUAUAUAUAUGUUUGAAAAUAUGUGAGAAUUUAAAAUUUGUUUUAGGCUGCCCUCACUUUAUAUUUCCAUAAUCAACUUCUGUAUCCUUAUUUUGAUGUUAUGAUGCUGUUUCUUUAUGUUAUAGGAAGAUAAGUAGAAUAAAUAAAAGAAUUAAUUAUAUAAUAACCGACAGACACAGAUCAGAAAGCUAACAUAAAUUGUUAGAUACAGGUGGACCAAUCAGAGAAAAGAUCCUUGAUAUAAAUUUUCCACCUAUAAUGCAUUGAUUAGGUUGACCAUUGCUAACAUAAAAAAAUUCCAAACCCACACGUCUCAAAACUAUAUUUCACCUUAAUUAUAUUAUAAUAAAUAAUAAUAGUAAUAGAUUCAUAUGAAUGAAAAAUAGAAUAUAUAUGAAAGAAGAAAUUAUUAAAAUAGAAUACACGUCUCAAAGUUUUGAGGUUGUGCAAAUUUUUUUUGAAAAAAUACAUUAAUGAAAAGAAUCAUUCCUUUAUCUAACUCGUAUUUCAGACUUCUCAACUAACAUUAUGACAUGUAUCAAAAUCCAACCUGUACCACUCUUCAACACAGACACAGGAAAUAAAACUUUCUGAGGGGGAAGAAAAAUAGAUUUGGGAAGAAGAUCAGAAUCAAUCAUAUUCUUCUGUUUGUUUGAUCAUACAUAGCAUUUAGUAAUGGGUGGGCAAUUUACAAAACAGGUUGAAAAGAGGAAAUCAUUAUCAGUAGAGAAGAAAACUUUGGUUGAUCUACAACAAAGCUGUAAUUGUGAUUUUGCAGGAUGUGACUAUCACCCAUCUGACAGGAAAAACUGGAUGGCAGGUCUUGAUCUUGACAAGCUCACCAUUAACAAGAUUGUUUGGCCUGGCACUCAUGAUUCUGCUACCAACAAGAUUGGAAUACCUUUCAUAACCCGUCCCUUUGCUCAAUGUCAAUCCUCGAGCAUAUACGAGCAGCUAGUGAAGGGUGCUCGAGUUCUUGACAUCCGGGUUCAGGAAGAUCGUCGAGUUUGCCAUGGCAUCCUCAAAACUUACAGUGUUGAUGUAGUCUUGGACGAGGUGAAGAAGUUCUUAUCAGAAACUCAAUCCGAGAUUCUGAUUCUUGAGAUCAGAACAGAAUUCGGGCAUGAUGAUCCACCUGAUUUUGAUAAAUUCCUUAUAGAGAAACUUGGGGAUUACCUUAUUCAUCAGGAUGAUCAUGUUUUUGAUAAACCAGUUUCUGAGGUGCUACCUAAAAGGAUAAUUUGUGUAUGGAAACCAAGGAAAUCUGCUGCCCCUAAGAAAGGGGAUCCACUUUGGAGUUCUGGGUACUUGAAAGAUAAUUGGAUUGAUACCGAUUUACCAUCCACGAAAUUCGAGAGUAAUCUUAAACAUUUGGGUGAUCAACCUCCUGUGACAUCUAGGAAGUAUUUCUACCGGGUGGAAAAUACAGUAACCCCUCAAGCAGAUAACCCGAUUUUGUGUGUGAGACCUGUAACGAAACGAAUUCAUGGAUAUUCAAGGCUGUUUAUUAAGCAAUGCUUUGAAAGAAAUAUAUCGGAUCGAUUGCAGAUAUUCUCCACUGAUUUUAUUGAUGCUGAUUUUGUGGAUGCUUGUGUUGGUCUUACUCAUGCAAGAAUUGAAGGCAAGGCCUAAUAUUGGUCAUAUAUUGUGUGAAUUGCGAUGUGAAUAUUAAAGCAACACUGAUUACUGAACAUGUAAUUUGUGAUUUUAUCUGUAAUAACUACAUUUAUUUGGGUGAUUUGUAUUGUAAUUAUUAUUCCAAUUAAAAUUUUGUGUUGUUUGUUAAUGAAUGUUGGUUAUGUAAGGGCAAAUAAGCAUUUGCCUUUUAUGGCAAUGUAACUUGUUUUUAUAGUCUGGUAUAGUAUUCCUGGUUUUUUGGGAUGUUACAUCUCUUAUGUUAUGGACCUGGAUUUUGAAUUUUAGCUAUUAAACAUUCUUUUUUUUUACUCUUCCCA